CGACCAUCCAUGACAUGAUCAUGAACAUGAUUGAUGGUCGUUUCUUUGGUAAGUGAAUUCUCACUUUCUUCCAGAAGGUCUGCAGCCAUUUUGCGUACAACCAUCAUCCAUUUUUAAGACACUGGUGCAGCGAAAAUGCCGGAGAUUGAGGCCUCCUUGUCUCCCGUGGCGGGGAGAACAAGGCUGGAACAGGGUGUCCUCGACUCACCUUUUCCCAAGACGAGCAAGUCCACAGAUAUGGUAAAUAUUGCGAACGACCCCUCACUAAACGCUGACGGCGCAAUGGCUGUGGAGAUGUGGUACGCAGUAUGAUAUGAUUAUAAGUUUACUUAUAACUUUAGGUACGCACCAGCAUCCGAAUUAAAGAACUUAUACCCCGUGAGUGGGUACAUCUAUCUCUCUAUCUAUCUAGGCACUGCCACUCGCACUUUACGGAGAGGUCUGUCUAUAUUGAUAUUUCAAAGCUAAUAAUGAAAAUGAGAAUGACACCGUACAAUCUGUAUUUGAUUUCAGGAGAGGCACCCUUCCUUUUGCUCUUUUCCUAUGCUUGCAAUCUAUACAUCAGCAUCUCAUCAACCCCUGACUAUUUUCAUCUCAAAAUACAAGGUACUGGAACACUGCGAACGAGUUUAAGUCGGAGAUCAUGUUCUGCAAUCCUGUGGACAGCGAUACGCCGAAGCUGAUCAUACCCUUGGAGAUCUUCGAAAAGAUGAAAAAGGUGUACAAUGAACGGAGCCGCCUUCUAGACUCAAAUUAAGCCUCAACUUUCAAUGGUCAUUGGGGUUGGUCACUGAGAUCGACGAGGCGACCCCUUGAGAGAACAGGGGAAAACGAAGGGAAAGGGGAGAGCUUUGAAGGGGGUCCCUUCCGUUCAGAGUCAGUGACCAUUGAAGGCUGAGCUUUAAUCAAAGAAGGAGCAGUUCGAAGAGAUCAUGAACCUCUUCCGAACCAUGAG